GCUACUGUAUGACUAGAGAACACUGUAAGAACGCUGCCUUGGAUAUGGAUGCUAGCUUUUAAAACAAGGAACCACAUUACAAGGUACAAGGUAAAGAAAAAUGUGGAAAGACUUGAAAAAGCAGUACAAGCCCCAGAAUGUUCCACGAAUGCCCCGCAUUCAAGUCCCUGCAGCAGCUGCUGACAAUUCAUUACUGAAGGACCUAAAUCAAGGGCAGAGGCGCUACUUGUACAGCAUCAUGAGGAUUUAUGACUCCAGGCCCCAGUGGAAGGCCCUGCAGACCCGCUACAUUCACAGCCUUGGGUACCAACAGCAUCUGGGUUACAUCACUCAACAGGAGGCCUUGUCUUGUGCUGCUGUGCUUAGACAUUCAACCAUGAGAGCCUCAGCCACGGUUGCUCCUCAAAGGACUAUUCUCCCCAGAGUCUUCAGCCAUGCAAAGAAGGGUCAACCAGCAAAACCUCGGUUUAGAGUCAGAUCCAGAGCCUCCCCGCACAGCAUGCUGAGCACCAAGACCUUAGACAAGGCAUAGUCUCUGAAAUGGGCAGCUCAUCUGUGUAUUCUUGGCAUUUUAGUUGGUGCUUGGUAUGAGUUUGCUGAAUGACAAUGAAUAAAAGAAUACUAAGGCGAACUCUAGACCUACACAUAAUCCCUCCACCACAUAAAUGCUGCCAAUAAGAACAAGUUGGAAGAUCUGAAAGCUAUUGAGCAGUGAAUAAGCAAGCUUUAGCACAAGUAAUCUGUAAAGUAAAUGGGCUUUCAAAGCUUUCAGAGUAAAAGCUUCUAUAGUUCCAGUCUCCCAGAGAAAUCUGCAGAACAGCAGGAAGGGACAAGGGGCAGCACCUCCAGCCCUGGGUGACCACUGCCCAUUGCACAUCUGAAAAUACAUGAACCCACACAGUCAAUACAGAUUAAGGAGGUUUCUGGAGUCACAAUGUUAGUGAUAAGUGGCAUGUGCCUCUUCCUAUCCCCAGCCCAACUAAGCAAUAAUAUUUACUUUGGUCCUGCAGUUUCUGGUUCUAGCCUGACUCAGUCACUUUGUGUUGUUUUGAAAUUUGUGUUUAUCAGCCUAUUACUGCCAGGAUGACUCUAUACAGCUGCAAUUGGCCUUGACAUGGGUAAGAUAAUUCAUGCACACACCUGCCCCUGGCAGUCACAAACACUCUCAGCAGAACAGAAAAUAGCCCCGAAGAAUUGAUCUCAUGUCUUAUCUCUGAAGAUGUUAAGACCAUAUACAAGACCAUGCAAAUGGGCAAAUAAUGAGAUAGCUGCCGGGUGAACCUCUUGCAAAUGCCACAGCAUUGUAUUAGUUAUGUUCAGUAAUGACUUUCUUUAUCAGAGAUUAUCCUGUGUGUGCUAAAAAUUAGUAAUCCCAUACAGCCAAGUUAAAAACUGGUCACGUUCCUUUUCUUUGUCUUUUAAAAAAAAUGUCAUUCCUAUCAGCCAGUCAUGUCUGUCUGUCACCACAUGAAGAAAUAAGUUGGGAUAGAACUUAGUUGACAAGAGAAACGGAACGUUCAUCUGAAAAAGAUGAUGUUACAACAUUACCAGACCCCUUUCCAGCCAAAUCCAGAAAGAACCAAAAUCCCUCAAACCCUCCUUGGUGAUGGCUGUCUUCUCUCUACAUCCAUUAACAUCAAAGUCAUAAGAUCUGUCCAAAGCUUCUGAAGACCCUCAUUGUAGAGUUUAGGAUUCUACCUGACUUUUCUUUGGGUGGGGCAAGAGGCAUGGCCGUCCCACCAGUCCAUCGGGAAGUCUUGGGAAAGCAGUACACCUUUGACCAGAUGGAGACAAUCCUGCCAUGGCUCAUACUGCCCAUCAUCAACAGGGGAGACUAAGGGGCCAUUUACUCAAUCAAGAAGAAGCCUCUUGACAACAGCAACACCUGUACUGACUCAAGUACUCUAAGUAGAUCACACUGUUAAAACAGGGGUUGUUAGGGAAGCUUU